AUGGAAGAUUUGGCAGUGCAGGGUGGAAGGGGGAUGGAAGAAUUGGCAGUGCAGGGUGGAAGGGGGAUGGAAGAAUUGGCAGUGCAGGGUGGAAGGGGAUGGAAGAAUUGGCAGAGCAGGGCAUUAGGGGGCACGAGGAACAGAUGGUGCAGGACGGGAGGGUACAAUGCCACUGGGACUAAGGCAAUAGAGGCAAUGGUGAGGGCAAAGGGACUGUGGCGGCACAGGCAAGCGAGAGGCCGGAGGGCCUGUGGCGGCACAGGCAAGCGAGAGGCCGGAGGGCCUGUGGCGGCACAGGCAAGCGAGAGGCCGGAGGGGCUGGGGCGGCACAGGCAAGCGAGAGGCCGGAGGGCCUGUGGCGGCACAGGCAAGCGAGAGGCCGGAGGGGCUGGGGCGGCACAGGCAAGCGAGACGCCGGAGGGGCUGGGGCGGCACAGGCAAGCGAGACGCCGGAGGGGUUGGGGCGGCACAGGCAAGCGAGACGCCGGAGGGGCUGGGGCGGCACAGGCAAGCGAGAGGCCGGAGGGGCUGGGGCGGCACAGGCAAGCGAGAGGCCGGAGGGGCUGGGGCGGCACAGGCAAGCGAGAGGCCGGAGGGGCUGGGGCGGCACAGGCAAGCGAGAGGCCGGAGGGGCUGGGGCGGCACAGGCAAGCGAGAGGCCGGAGGGGCUGGGGCGGCACAGGCAAGCGAGAGGCCGGAGGGGCUGGGGCGGCACAGGCAAGCGAGAGGCCGGAGGGGCUGGGGCGGCACAGGCAAGCGAGAGGCCGGAGGGGCUGGGGCGGCACAGGCAAGCGAGAGGCCGGAGGGGCUGGGGCGGCACAGGCAAGCGAGAGGCCGGAGGGGCUGGGGCGGCACAGGCAAGCGAGAGGCCGGAGGGGCUGGGGCGGCACAGGCAAGCGAGAGCCGGCGGAGGGGCUGGGGCGGCACAGGCAAGCGAGAGGCCGGAGGGGCUGGGGCGGCACAGGCAAGCGAGAGGCCGGAGGGGCUGGGGCGGCACAGGCAAGCGAGAGGCCGGAGGGGCUGGGGCGGCACAGGCAAGCGAGAGGCCGGAGGGGCUGGGGCGGCACAGGCAAGCGAGAGGCCGGAGGGACAGUGGCGGCAAGCGAGAGGCCGGAGGGACAGUGGCGGCAAGCGAGAGGCCGGAGGGACAGUGGCGGCAAGCGAGAGGCCGGAGGGACAGUGGCGGCAAGCGAGAGGCCGGAGGGACAGUGGCAGCAAGCGAGAGGCCGGAGGGACAGUGGCAGCAAGCGAGAGGCCGGAGGGACUGUGGCAGCAAGCGAGAGGCCGGAGGGACUUUGGCAGCUGAGGCGAGGAUGGGGGAGAAAGAGGUGGCGGGGCAAGGGAAUGAUAAACACCAGGGGCGAGGGGUGGGUGGGAGAGGGGGUGGCGGGGGUGUGUGGGCAGGGCGAGGCGUGGCGGGGGUGUGGGCUGGGCGAGGCGUGGCGGGGGUGUGGGCAGGGCGAGGCGUGGCGGGGGUGUGGGCAGGGCGAGGCGUGGCGGGCGGGGGUGUGGGCAAGGCGAGGCGUGGCGGGGGUGUGGGCAAGGCGAGGCGUGGCCGGGGGUGUCGGCAAGGCGAGGCGUGGCGGGGGUGUGGGCAAGGCGAGGCGUGGCGGGGGUGUCGGCAAGGCGAGGCGUGGCGGGGGUGUGGGCAAGGCGAGGCGUGGCGGGGGUGUGGGCAAGGCGAGGCGUGGCGGGGGUGUGGGCAAGGCGAGGCGUGGCGGGGGUGUGGGCAAGGCGAGGCGUGGCGGGGGUGUGGGCAAGGCGAGGCGUGGCGGGGGUGUGGGCAAGGCGAGGCGUGGCGGGGGUGUGGGCAAGGCGAGGCGUGGCGGGGGUGUGGGCAAGGCGAGGCGUGGGCGGGGGUGUGGGCAGGGCGCGGGGUGGCUGGGGUGUGGGCAGGGCGCGGGGUGGCUGGGGUGUGGGCAGGGCGCGGGGUGGCUGGGGUGUGGGCAGGGCGCGGGGGUGGCUGGGGUGUGGGCAGGGCGCGGGGUGGCUGGGGUGUGGGCAGGGCGCGGGGUGGCUGGGGUGUGGGCAGGGCGCGGGGUGGCUGGGGUGUGGGCAGGGCGCGGGGUGGCUGGGGUGUGGGCAGGGCGCGGGGUGGCUGGGGUGUGGGCAGGGCGCGGGGUGGCUGGGGUGUGGGCAGGGCGCGGGGUGGCUGGGGUGUGGGCAGGGCGCGGGGUGGCUGGGGUGUGGGCAGGGCGCGGGGUGGCUGGGGUGUGGGCAGGGCGCGGGGUGGCUGGGGUGUGGGCAGGGCGCGGGGUGGCUGGGGUGUGGGCAGGGCGCGGGGUGGCUGGGGUGUGGGCAGGGCGCGGGGUGGCUGGGGUGUGGGCAGGGCGCGGGGUGGCUGGGGUGUGGGCAGGGCGCGGGGGUGGCUGGGGUGGUGGGCAGGGCGCGGGGUGGCUGGGGUGUGGGCAGGGCGCGGGGUGGCUGGGGUGUGGGCAGGGCGCGGGGUGGCUGGGGUGUGGGCAGGGCGCGGGGUGGCUGGGGUGUGGGCAGGGCGCGGGGUGGCUGGGGUGUGGGCAGGGCGCGGGGGUGGCUGGGGUGUGGGCAGGGCGCGGGGUGGCUGGGGUGUGGGCAGGGCGAGGGGUGGCAGGGGGGUGGCUGGGUGUGGGCAGGGCGAGGGGUGGCUGGGGUGUGGGCAGGGCGAGGGGUGGCUGGGGUGUGGGCAGGGCGAGGGGUGGCUGGGGUGUGGGCAGGGCGAGGGGUGGCUGGGGUGUGGGCAGGGCGAGGGGUGGCUGGGGUGUGGGCAGGGCGCGGGGUGGCUGGGGUGUGGGCAAGGCGCGGGGUGGCUGGGGUGUGGGCAAGGCGCGGGGUGGCUGGGGUGUGGGCAAGGCGCGGGGUGGCUGGGGUGUGGGCAAGGCGCGGGAUGGCUGGGGUGUGGGCAAGGCGCGGGGUGGCUGGGGUGUGGGCAAGGCGCGGGGUGGCUGGGGUGUGGGCAAGGCGCGGGGUGGCUGGGGUGUGGGCAAGGCGCGGGGUGGCUGGGGUGUGGGCAAGGCGCGGGGUGGCUGGGGUGUGGGCAAGGCGCGGGGUGGCUGGGGUGUGGGCAAGGCGCGGGGUGGCUGGGGUGUGGGCAACGCGAGGGGGUAG